AUCUCUGUAGUUUAUGGUCAUUAGUCAAUCAAAUGAAAGGUUACUUCAAAAAUAAGAAUACGAAGAAAUCAUAAAAUUUUGAGUACUGAUAUAGUGUUUUACUGUUAAAUAAAUGGUGUAUCGUUAAACUUUUGUUGAAAUAAAGAGGAUGGCUUCUACGGGCAGUACACCUUUUCCUAAAUGGCAGCUAGCCAUCUUACUCGGUGCUCCAUUGGCUAUCGGUUUAGGUUACCUUUAUCUGAGAAAUAGAUUAGAGGAUCCCGAAAAGAAAAAGGCAGCAGAAUUGAAAGCAAAGACUACGAUCUCCUUAGACAACGAAGACAAUGUGAAAGCUGCGGAAAGCGCUAUAGACCGUGCCAUGAAACUGAAGGGAGCCGGAAACCGAGCAUUCCACGCAGGUGAAUACGAUAAAGCUAUUUCUCUGUACAAUGAAGCUAUCGAGGCAUGCCCGCCCGAUCGUUCCGUUGACUUGGCUACUUUUUAUCAGAACCGGUCGGCUUGCUACGAAAAACGGGAAAUGUGGGAGCAGGUAAAAGAAGACUGUACUUUUGCACUUAAACUCAACGAAAAAUAUGUCAAAGCGUUUCUGCGGCGGUCUCGAGCAGCUGAAAAGAGUGGCGACCUUGUUCUCGCUCUAGAAGAUGUUACAUCUGCUUGUAUUCUUGAGAGAUUCCAAGUGCAAAGUUCUCUGGUAAACGCUGAUCGUAUUCUUAAAGCUCUCGGAAGACAACACGCCCGCGAAGCACUUUCCAAAAGACAGCCAGUGAUGCCAUCUAAACAUUUUAUUAAAACUUAUUUCUCUGCUUUCUCUGAAGAUCCUAUUACAAAACUAUAUGUGGAUGAAAAAGAUAACAGUGGCUUUGCUAAUGCAAAGCGUGCUCUGGAUGCCCAAAACUAUGAAUCAGUAGUUGAUUUAUGUACUGAAGAAUUAAACACAGAAGGAAAGUACAAAUAUGAAGCCUUACUGUUAAGAGCAACAUUCUAUCUGCUUUUGGGAAGACAUGACGAGGCACAAGCUGAUCUUGCGAGGUUAAUUGACAGUGAUGCACCUACUAAAAUUAGAGUCAAUGCCCUUAUAAAAAGGGCUUCUCUAUACACUCAACUAGAAAACACUGAACGCUGUUUAGAAGACUUUGCAAAUGCUGCAAAGUUGGAUGCAAACAACUCUGAUAUCUAUCAUCACCGUGGUCAAGUGUAUCUUCUGUUGGAAAGAAUGGACGAGGCGACUGCAGAGUUUGCCAAGGCCGUUGAACUUAAUCCUGAUUUCUCCAUUGCUUACAUUCAAAAAUGUUAUGCAGAUUACAGACAUGCACAAUUGCACAAGAAUAUUGGAGCUUUAACCCAAGUUAGGGCUGACUUUGAGCGUGCCCUAGAGAGAUUCCCGAGGUGUGCUGAAGUCUAUAUUCUCUAUGCUCAAGUAUUGUCAGAUCAACAAGAGUGGGGUCGCGCCGAGGCUUUGUUUGAGUCUGCUUUAGCUGUUGACCCAAAUAAUGCCACAUUAUACGUACACAAGGGACUUGUUCAGUUGCAAAAGAGCACAGACUUUGAUAAAGCUGUCAAAUUAAUUAACAAAGCUAUUGAGAUUGAUGACAAAUGUGACUUUGCAUACGAGACAUUGGGAACUAUUGAAGUACAAAGAGGCAAUCUACGAAGGUCCUUAGAACUAUUUGAAAAGGCUAUUGCAUUGGCUAAGACAGAACAAGAGAUGACACACUUGUUCUCCUUGAAAGAUGCUGCAGCAGCCCAGUUAAAGGUAUCAGAGCGCUGGGGAUUAGAUUGGACUGUCAGUUAGACUAUAUCCAGGUCUUGUUUAACAUGCACAACGAGAAACAAUCCAGUAUGGUUCUGAGACGUCCAAGUAGCUUGGCAAUAUUGAAUGCUAUUUAUCUAUUUAAAUUACUCGUCAUGUUUUACAUACUAUUAUAUUUUAUUAACUGGAAUCAUUUGACUGUGAAAACUGUGUAAGGGUAAAAAUAUUUUAGAAAAUAUCUGUGGUAUAAUGUGUGAAUUAGAUGACUUUGGUUAGUAUCACUACUUAAUAUUGGAAUAAAAUCUCGUUGUAUAUUGUGCUGUAGCCAUUAAACAUCCAAUGCCGUCAACUCGUCGCCCAUUCUCUAUGCUUUUCCGUAACAAUAUUAGUCACAUAUAAUGUGACUUAAGUUCAAUGCAUGUGGCAUACAUUUAUACAUUGUUACACAACUGUAUAUAUUUACGAUAUAUUGUUUGAAAGGAGUUUCAAUGUGUUAUUACAUGUACAAACUUGUAACUGUCUUCAUUCUUGAAGUAUUUGGAAAUAUACUCAAUAAAAUUCCAUUUAAGCAAUUGGCCUAUAAUGAAUAUAUGUAAAUAUUUUUUCCUUUAUUAAUAUUAAAAAACGUAGGUUCAUAUUCAUAUACAUAAAAUGCACUGUUAUUUAAAAAUGUUUCUCUUCUGUGCUAUUUGCUCAGAUUUUAAAUUUGCACAUCAAGUACUUUAGUUACCAACUUUUUGCACUUGUAAGAUAACUUGUAAAUCACAGGCAUUUCCAAAUCAAACUUAAAAAAAUUAAAGAACUUCACAUUGAAGUUCUUUAAUUUUUUUAAUAAAAUUGCUAGGAUUAGUAUGUGGCAUUUAAAUUGUAGAUUAGUUAGUUUAAAAGUUAGGUUGGAACUCACAAGUUUUGGGUCAUAUAAAUAUAUUAUAUGUAUUAUUAAAAUAAUAAAAGUCACCAGGAAUUUUGUUUUUUUUUUUAUUGGAUUAUAUUUAAUAAUUUAUGUUUAAAUAAACAAAUUUAAUGCAUUCAAAAUAUUGUUUCAAUAUUGGUGGAAUGUGAUUGAAAUGUUUUGAUUGAAAUUUGAGAUGAUUUUGAUAACAACUUGUUAAAAUCUUUCACAAGUUUAAAAUAUGCAUUAAAUUUAUUGGUUAGUCAAUAUCACACAUUGUACUUUGUUGUGGAAUUGAAUAUUUAUAGAUAAUAUUGCUUUAAAAUAAUAUCACAUUUUUAGCCUAUUUUGUAAAUUAUUAGUUAAAAAUUGUUUGUAUGCAAUACUAGCAAUCAAAGUAGGUAUAUAAUAUAAUCUAUAUAAAUAUUUAUUUGAAAAAUAAUAGACAUGGUGAGAUUUCUUUAUAAAAUCCUGCAUUUAAUUCUAUCUUUUUACAAUAUUUUAUAAAGCAUGCUGUACUUUAAUCAAAGAAUUCUAUGGACACUAAACCAGGAUUUUUCUUAUAUUCGUGGGAAAGUAAACCUGAGUUUUGUAAAUGAAAGGGAGAUAUAAUUAUUUUACUUUACUAAAACUUAUCAGGCAAUUUCUUAAGUGUUAACUAAAAUUUAUCAGGCAAUUCUUAAGUGUUAACUAAAAUUUAUCAGGCAAUUUCUUAAGUGUUAACUAAAAUUUAUCAGGCAAUUUCUUAAGUGUUAACUAAAAUUUAUCAGGCAAUUUCUUAAGUGUUAACUAAAAUUUAUCAGGCAAUUUCUUAAGUGUACCUGGGCCCGUAGCCAUGUAGCAUCGAUUCUCUUUCUACAGUCGCAAAAUCAAAAUAUAAUGUAUUGGAAUGACAUUCAGUAUCAACAAGUCACAUGAUCAAGUUAGCGAUCGGAUCUACCGAGCCACAUGCCUACAGGCCCUGCCGGCCAAUUCACUAACUUUGACGUAUAUUAGCUACCUAUUAUAAUUAACAUCAAUAAGAACCGCAUUUUUCGUUUUCCGUAAAGCCCAUUAUUAGCAAGUUAAAAUGACAAUAUCAACUGGGCAAGGGUUGUACACAAGUAAUUACCCACUAAAUCUUAUUUUUUAUAUACAAUCUCUAUGUUGAUCAGUUAGCGUUAAAUACGAAAUCACGUGACUUAAGAAUUACUAACUAUAGCUAGGUAGUUGGUAAAUUUCGCGUAUAUUCAUUACAUACGUCAAAGUUAGUGAAUUGGUCAGCUGGUUUGUGUCUUUUUCUUUUUCUAUAAUACUAGGGCUCAAACAAGUAUUUUCAAGUUAAAGAAGUAUGUAGUAGUAACAUGAAAGUCUUUGAUAUAAAAAACAAAUACAUACCUACAUAUAUUUUUUUUCAUUAAAGACAGUUGCUCUGUUUUAAGUUACAUUUUUGCUUUUGAUGAAACUGACAUCGCAUUAAAUUUUCAUUUAAUACCACUAUUUGCAUAAAGACCUAAUGGUUUUUUCGUGGUGUUCAUAAAUUAAACAUAAGCAAAUAUCGGUAUUUCAAACAUUGCAUACUUUGGAGGUUUGACCUCAAGGUCCAGCCUCAAUAGUACUACAAUGUGAUACGUCUAGAGUUCAAUCUAAUUAAAACUAAAAAAUCUAAACUAUUGGCUAGGAUUUCAGUGGAUGGGAAAGGACUAUUAAAAAACCUCCGAGUUACAAAAACCGCGCCUUAUAUAAUAAUCAGUUUUAAAAACGCCAAAAUUUAAUUUUGAUUUUAAUAUAAUAAUAAAUGUGUGCAAUAUAUUCAACAAUUGGAAGUAGGUAUCAGGGUUAGUGUGAUUAAAAAGUGCAAGAAUUGCUUAAUUCUAUUGUUUAUUAACAGUAACAAGACUAUGAAAAUCUUAAUAGUCCCUGUCUAUCCAUUUUGAUGACACGACUGUGUCCGGUUUGUUAUGUACAUUGUCCAUGUAUGUACGUAAUGGUUGUAUUUGGAAUAGGUAGUGUGUAAGUAGUUCACUGCCGUGUUAUAUCUUAUUAAUUUACAAUGGGCGUGUUCAAUAUCUGAUGCUCUAUUUAAUUUCUAACUUUAGUCUAUAUAAUAAUUUUCAACUUAAGACCGCCACAUAUUUUUCCUUGUACGAAUUUUUUUAAUUUUGAUUAUUUAGUCACUGGAAGGCAAACCGCAUAAUUUAGUGCGCGGUGUGGUAUGCAGGGUAACGAUAGAGGGAAGGGAGCGAUCGGCAAAACGGACGCCUGACAAGGAAUAAUUGACAAUACUUCUGUUGCCUCGUUGCUGCUUUAUACCCUCAAUUAAUCAACAGCAAAGCGGUCGGACUCAUCACCGAGGGGUGGUUGUUCGAUCCCCGCCCCGUUGGACUAUAGUCUUACUCUUACCCACUCCUAAUACAGUCUUUCCCGACUAGUUGGAGGGGAAUUGGGAAAUUGGUCAUAUUCAAAAGAUAUGGCAAAUAUUCUUAAAAAGAACUCGUACCCUCUGUUGUCAUAUUCCUGCACCUCUGCACCUGAUACAUGGUGUAUAAAUACGCGAGUGAUAGGUAUCAAACGGCCUAGUGGCAAUUUGAUACUGUUACUAUCGCGUUAACGUAAACAGGUAUUUCUAAGGAAUUGAAACAGCGCCAUCUAGUGGCACUACUGCACAACUGUUUCAAUUCCAUAUAAAUUUGCGUUUACGUCAACGCGAUAGUAACAGUAUGAAAGUAUUGAAAACUCCCACUACACACAGUGAAGAAAGUACCGUACCGAGUGCGCCAAAGGACGAUUUUAUUGCAAUAGACUUAUUUUACUGAUCUCACUGGUAUUUUCAAUAACUUUACAAACUAUGCGUUGCGCGCAGCUCCAGAUCAAUUUUAUCACAAUUUUUUUCAUUUUUUUACAGCUAUUACAAUAUUUAGCGUAACGUGUUGACAUUUUUUUUUGUUGUACAAAACUUUUUUUUAAAUGAUUAUUUCUUGCCUCUGAAAUGAUAUAAAUUAUAUUUAACGUUUUAUUUUACUAGUAUAGCAAUGUGGAUUUAUUUUUACGAAUACCAUGGCCAUAUCCUUUCUAUAAUAAAAUAAACGAGUAAAAUAGUUAACUAUCAGUGUAUUCUAGUUAUUUUUAAAUUAAUUUAUAUGUAUUGAGAAACCAACUCUUACAACAUAUAAGAUUCUAAAAAAAUGUUAAUUCAUCUUUUGGGUCCAAGUUUGAUAAAGUAAUAAAGAUCUCAAAAUUGUUACUCGCUUUAAUGUGAAAAGCAUUAGCGCCUCAUAAGAAUUAAUGUAUUUGAAGGUACUGAACCUAAAUACUGUAUCAAAGCUGUAUAUGCGAACUAUUUAAUUUAUAGGCAAACUGCAUAACUGAGUCCAUCUCCGGUUAUGUGGCAUUGGCGUAUCUAGGAUUAUUUCAUAGGGUGGGCUUAACCCCCGCCAUCAAGUCUAUUAUAUUAGAAGUAUUAUAGAAUUCCAUGUCGAUAGCCCACAAUUCUAAAGUGGGCACAAGUCCAUUCUAGGGUGGGCACGGGCAAUACGCCCCUACCCUUCCCCCCUCCCCCUAUAUACGCCUAUGUUCUGAGGACCGGAGAGCGAAAGAGUUACGCGUAGCAACGCGCACGCAAAGCGUCUAGUAAACAAAGCGUCUGCUUCUCGUUCCUCUUUCGCAGUUAACUGACGUCAUAUAUCCCACGCGGUCGAAGACUCAUUAUGUGGUUUAUAUCGGCUCAUAAACUAAAUUAUGAUGAUAAAGUGCACGUCUUGAGUGACAGCGUAUCCGCGGCGCACGAAACAACCAUUAGGGUUCCGUACGUACGUAGUACAAAAACGGAACCCUUAUAAAAUCACUCGUGCACAUUUUAAUGUCUGUCUGUUUUUUAAGUUCUGGCCCUGAGUGCGAGCGGGUUGACGUUUCUUGCGAUGGUCGUAUUGUGCGUCAUGGACUCAACUCGCCUACAACUACAGAAGCAACGUGGUGAAAAUCCUUCAGGCACGUUUGGAUAAACGGGGCACUGUAACCCCGUGGUGUGAAUGUGAAUUCUAACAAAGAUUUUUUACUAUUAGAUAUGUCACUAGCGCGUCGAAAUUGAGGCGAAUAAAAGCGCCUAAUUGUCUUAAUUUCAUUUAGUCGCACAUUAAACAACGAAUGUUAUUUAAACAAAUAAUACCUAAAUAUUGUCUACAAUGUCAAGUUGUGUGUACAUAAAGUGUAAAAACUAUAUAUUAUACAUAAAUAUAUAAUGUAAGUAAACACAAAAUUGUGCAUGUGUGCGCUGUGUGGAGCAGUUAAAUUCGGAUCACUAUUUAUAGAGAUGUAGGCACGUAACAUAUCUAAUAGUAUAAAACAUCGUUGUUUUCUAAGCUAUGCUGAUUGGGUCUCCUAUCUGCAUUAAUUCCUUUGAGGCUGAGGCAUCAGCGUAGCGAUGGGUUGAUCGGUGUGGCGCAGAGCAAUUGCUCUUAUGAGAGUUAUAAAUUGUAUGCUAUAUCAGAGCCGUAUUGUACGAUCAGUAUAAAUGUUUUCCUUACAUGUUAUCUCGGAAACAUUAGAUUGGAUGGCUUUUGGACCGCGGUAUGAAUGCUGCCUGAAAUUAUUAGUUAGAUUGUGAAUUUAGAUUUAUAGAUGGCAGAUAUAUGGUUCUACAAAAAAAAUUGUUACCUCACCGAUAGUGAAUAGUUAUCAAUUUAUGAAAACUAAAAAUACAAUGUGAAAAACAUACAUAAA